UGCGUUGCCGCUGCGCACUGCUCUUGAUUCCGCCGUCAUGUCGACCGCAAUGAACUUCGGGACCAAAAGCUUCCAGCCGCGGCCACCAGACAAAGGAAGCUUCCCGUUGGACCACUUCGGUGAAUGUAAAAGCUUUAAAGAAAAAUUCAUGAAGUGUCUCCGUGACAAGAAUUUUGAAAAUGCUUUGUGCAGAAAUGAAUCUAAGGAGUAUUUAAUGUGCAGGAUGCAAAGGCAGCUGAUGGCCCCAGAGCCACUGGAGAAGCUGGGCUUCAGAGAUGUGAUGGACGAGAAGCCGGAGGCCAAGGACAAAUGCUGAGAAGAAAACCACAGGCCGGCUCCCCAGCUGCCUGAAGCAGAUCUGAGCCCUUCUGCCCACAGAGCCAGGAGACCCGAGGCUCACCUGUGCUGCUCAGUGGAGGGAGUCCCCAAGGGGACUGGAGAGCACCCCAAAAUGCUUCCUCAGCUGUCCUCAGUUUCCCUCAGACGGUGGUCUUAUUCUUCCAACUGUGUGUGUCACAGGAUCCCCUCAGGGCCGAACUCCAAUGUGAUGUCCUGCCCAGUGUGGCCGUCACACCACAGAGCCUGGGACAGCUUUCUACACUGGCUCAGCCUGUCACAGACCCGAGUCUUCAUACUAGAACUGACAGUGAAACCAUGUGACGUCAGAAUGUCCGCCCUUUGUGCUCACAGAUGCACGCACGCCAGCUCGUUUCCCUUCGUCUCUGUUCUUUUCUUUGACCCAAACUGGAAUACAAAGUAGGAAGUGGGAAACUGUU